AUUCGGUCUAAAGUAAUAAGUAACUUCAAGAUUCAAAUGCUAGUCUCUAGCUGUGUAGUCUCUUCUCCAUUGAUAUGUAAAGUUUUUUUAUUUUUGUAUUCGAAGUAAUUACGUAUGCUGUUACGUACAUUCUAAAAAUAAUAUAAGAUAUAUCGUUUAACUAAUUUUAGAACAGCAGGUACUGAAAAUGUUUUAUCGUACAAACUUCGUAACUUUUAACAUUUCGGGCAAGUAGUGUUACUGCUUGACUUUAUUUUUAUUCAGUUUCGUCUCAUCCUACCUCUAAGAUAGAAGUAAAUUAUGAUAGAACAAACAAUUAAUACAUUCAAAAACACUGAUAGUUCAGUUAAGGCCGGAGAUUUAAUUUUAUCAGAAGAACCUUUCGCUUACACACUUUCCUCAACAGAAAAUGGAAAUAGAUGUGACUAUUGUCUCCAAAAGUGCAAAGUGCGGAAGUGUUCAGGUUGUCAGUUUGUACAUUAUUGUGGGAAAAGUUGCCAAAGAGCAGCAUGGGAUGAUCAUAAGUGGGAGUGUGCUAACAUAAAAAAAGUAGCACCAAAAGUCAUUCCUGAUGCAGCCAGAUUGCUGGUUAAAAUAAUAAAUAGACUAAAAUAUGGAGACGGAACCUCAUACAAAGUAUUUUAUACACGGACAUCAUUUAGGAUGUGGAAGGACCUUAUGUCACAUUAUUCCGAUUUGAAAAAGGACAAGAAACGUAUGGAGCAUUUCACAUCACUUUGCGGUGUACUUUAUGAUUUCUUGAACGAUAUAUCGUUACCUAACACAGUGGAUCUCAUGGGAUUAUACGGCAGAAUGGUAAUAAACAGCUUCACAAUAUUAGACAAUGACUUGAAUUCUAUCGGAUCUGCUGUGUACAUUGCUGCGUCAAUAAUAGACCACAGUUGUAAUCCCAACGCAGUCGCCACUUUUGAUGGAAGGAAGAUUAUCGUUAGGGCUCUUGUGGAUAUGCCCAAGUUUGAUUGGAAAAAGAUCAGGAUAUCGUAUAUAGAGCUAAUGAAGACACCAUUUGAUCGACAGAAAGAGCUCUUACAGAGUUACUAUUUUGUUUGCCAGUGUGAGAAGUGUUUGAAUAUCGAGCAGUUAAAAUAUGUUCACGCAGCAAAAUGUUUCAACCAAGAAUGUGAUAAUCCCGUUAAUGUACAUUGGCAGAAAAACUGUAGAUUAGUUAUCGUGGAAAAAUGUGAGAAAAUUAGAAGAAUCCACGAAAGUAUUCUAAAUGGUGAAAAUAAUUAUGACGAAGAACUUGAAGAUGGCAAUGGUGAUAUUCAAAAUGGCGAUGGCAAUACUAUCGAGAACGGUGUUGCCAGUGAUAUUGCAAAUCGUGUUAACGAAAGUGUGGGUGAAAUAAAUUGUGAUGACAAAAACGUUAAUAAGAGUGUGGUGUGUUCAAAAUGUGGUACGAAAUAUCCAGAUGAAAGUAUAGAAGUUUUUAAAGAAAUAAUGAGUUGCUCAGAAACCAUUUUGUUGGAUAUGAAGAACACAAGUGUGGCUUACAUGGAAAUAUGUAAAUGCUGCAUUCAGAAACAAAAGGGAGUGUUACAUCCAUUGAAUGUUUUUUACGCUCAAAUAUUAGAGCAAUGCUUCGAUGCGUUCGUAAACGUACAAUUGUGGCAGAAGGCGUGCGUAUACGCAGAGGCGUUGUUGCCAUGUUUUAGGUUUUAUUAUGGACCCCUUCAUCCUCUUCUGGGCUUACUACACUUAAAAUACGGAAAGAUUCUGCUCUACAAAAUGGACUUAAAAAGUGCUCUUCAACAGUUAAAAAGUGCAGAAAAAAUAUUAAAAAUAACACACGGGGACACACAUCCAUUGUACAAAGAGCAGUUACUGCCCCUGUUACACCAAGCUUUUAUAGAAACUUCAUAGAGUACAAUUAUAAAUAUUUUGGCAUUUAGCUGACUAGAAUUAUUUUUGAUGUUAAAUAUUGCCUAAAUAACACCCAAGCUUCUUCAAAUAUAUCAUUUUCCUUACUGGCAACAGAGGAAACUAUCUUAUUACUUAAAACAGAGAUAUUUUGUUCCAACUUUUUAGAAUUUUGUUAUAUUUUUUAUUUGUAUUUCUUUUUAAUGAGAAAAGAUUUUUUUUAAACAAAUCUAUUAUUUCUAUGUUAAUUUAUAGAAUACAAGUAUUUGUUACAAUAUAUUUCAUGGUGUUAUCUUUUAUCCUAAAGAUUGUCACAACACUAUGCACUAAGCCGUAUACUGCUUAAUACAUAGGGCUCAUUUCUAAUGUUGAAGUGGCCUUAUUGUUAUAAAUUUGAGGCUGUGUGUGUAAUAAACUAUUAUUAAUAGAACUUU